ACGUCGCUCUGCGUUUUCCAAUCAGAGCUGCACUUCUGAACUUUGACCGCCCAACUCAUCAAGCCCUGCCCAACGCAGACAAGCCCCGCCCACAAGAGGGGCGCUUCGCUCCCAGUUUCUACUUUACGGGCGCGUACUUGCAACCUUUGACCGCUCGCACCGGAAAUACUAUUCGUGUGCCGGCUCUUUGCAUGGUGAGCAUUCUGAUUUUGGCUGCCGCAGUAGGAGCGGUGACGAUCUUGCUGGUCCAGAGACUAUGGGCUGUGUUUCGGCCCCAUCACGUCACUCCCCGAGAGUCGCUCGGACUCUUGAUAGUAGCCGGAUCUGGUGGACACACCACGGAGAUCUUGAGGCUGGUUGGAAGCUUGUCCCAUGCUUACUCACCUAGGCAUUAUGUCAUUGCUGAGUCUGACGAGAUGAGUACCAGCAAAAUUCAUGCUUUUGAACGUUCUCGAGCCGAGAGAGACUCUACUGCCGAGUGCUCCCAGUACCACCUUCACCGAAUUCCCAGAAGCCGGGAGGUUCGGCAGUCCUGGCUCUCCUCCGUGUUCACCACCUUGCACUCCAUGUGGUUUUCCUUUCCCCUGGUUCACCGAAUAAAGCCAGAUUUGGUGCUGUGUAAUGGACCAGGAACAUGUGUGCCCAUCUGUGUGUCUGCCCUGCUCCUUGGGAUACUUGGAAUCAAGAAAGUGAUAAUUAUCUACGUCGAGAGCAUCUGCCGCGUGGAAACUUUGUCCCUGUCUGGGAAGAUUCUUAGGCACCUCUCUGAUUUCUUUAUUGUUCAGUGGCCAGCUCUUAAGGAGAAAUACCCCAAAUCUGUGUACCUUGGUCGAAUUGUUUGACAAAUGGUAACUUAAGAGUCUUGAGAAUUUUGUAAUUACCAAUAAUACUUACUAUAAUAGCUAUCUUUAUUGUAAAGUUUUCCAAAAGCCCAAAGACUUAUCAGUGGUGAAGAAUUUAAAGUGUGAAAUAACUCGGUGAGGAAAGACAGACAUUAGCGCAGAGAACCCAUCAAAGAGCUAUGUCUGUGCACUAAGGUGUUUUUAUAAAUAAAAGAGUAUAACACUGCUUGCAGAUUUUCUUUUGACUCUUAUAGCCAUGAGCUUCUUUUGUUUUGUUUUUCUCGACCUAAAUAUAGAGUUUGUAUGUUUAGUAACAUUUCCUGUCUUACAGCUUUAAAUAAAACAGGAUUCUACAUUAUAAAAAGAAAAGAACAGGAUAAGCCGGCCUUGGGGUAGGUGUUGCUGUUCUAGCGUGUGAUUGCUCACUCAAGAGGUGUGGGGGAGGGGGGUGGAUCAAGGGUUCAUGGGUAUCCUUGGCUACCUAGCACAUUUGAGGCCAGCCUAGACUACAUAAGGAGCUGGGCACAGGGAAGUGAAGAGAGAAGGGGUGGGGGGGAGCGGGGAGAAAGAGAACAAGGUGCUCCUUUGGUUUUGUUCAGACAUGUCAGGCUUUAAUCCUUCUGUGGAAGCAGUGAUGUCCCCAGUGAGCUACCACAGCCUAAAGGAAGCAGUUUGUUAAACUGGCUUCAUGACAGUUUACACUCCACAGGCUUCCAGAUCUCUGGCCAUAAACAAAUGUCUUUCUUCAGUCUUCAGUCUUCCUUUCUGUGUUGCUGGCCUGUAUCCAGACAGUAUUUUACAAUCUGUUUACUUAAAAUAAAUUAAAAAGUGACCAGUGUUGUAGUCAUGAAA